CCUCCCUCACCUAUCCACCACCAUGGCGACAGACUGGCUCCUUGAACGCGGACUUCUUCCCGACUUUCUCAUCCGCAUGGGCAUUCGCCGCCAGCUCGGACAGCGGCUGGAGCAGGAGAUGCGGAGCGAUGAGUCUGAGGCCGCCGAGGCCAAGGCCAACUACGUGGCCAAGCUGAAGCAGAUGCCGAUCGCGGUGGCAACGGACGACGCCAACGAGCAGCACUACGAGGUCGAUGAUCGGUUCUACCAGAUCUGCCUGGGCAAGAACCUCAAGUACUCAUCGUCGAUCUACCCCGAGGGCGUGACGACGCUCGACGCUGCCGAGGAUGCCAUGCUCGAGCUUACGUGCUCCCGUGCGCGGCUGGACAACGGACUCAACAUCCUGGAGCUUGGCUGCGGCUGGGGCUCGCUCUCGCUGUUCAUGGCGGCCAAGUUCCCCGGCUCAACGAUCACCUCGGUCUCCAACUCGAAGACGCAGAAAAAGUACAUUGACGACACGGCGGCCGAGCGCGGGCUGACCAACCUGACGGUCAUCACCUGCGACAUCAACGACCUCGACCUCGACGAGUCAGUCUACGACCGGGUGGUCUCAGUCGAGAUGUUCGAGCACAUGAAGAACUACCAGGUGCUGAUGGGCAACAUCUCGCGCUGGCUGGUGCCGGACGGCAUGCUCUUUGUCCACAUCUUUGUCCACCGCACCGUCGCCUACGACUUUGAGCAGGACUCGUGGAUGGGCCGCUACUUUUUCACCGGCGGCACCAUGCCCUCGGACGAUCUGUUGCUGUACUUCCAGGAUGCCAUGGCCAUCACCCAGCACUGGCGCGUCGACGGCCGCCACUAUGCCCACACCUGCGAGGACUGGCUCCGCAACAUGGACAACAACGCUGCGGAGGUUCGCGAGAUCUUUGCCCAGUGCUACGGCGACGAAGCCACCAAGUUCUUCAACUACUGGCGCGUCUUCUACCUUGCCUGCGCCGAGCUCUUUGCCUACAACAAUGGCCAGGAGUGGUUCGUCUCGCACUAUCUCUUCACCAACAAGAAGAACCAAUGA